GUUCAUGGUCACGUUUUUUCUCUUGUUAUUCAAGAUUUUCGUGGAGAAUUUAUGGGCAAAGAAGUAUAGCUAAAUAAAAGUACUGGAAGUGAAUGCAAGCCUGCUUAUUUAGGUUUUUGCAAGAGAAGUUUGUUGCUGACAACAGAAGAGGUGAUGGAAAUGUGGCUUUUUGUUGUGCGUCAACACCAACCAACCCCUCAACAAAAUCUUACCCUGUGGAACGAAGGUGAGUCAAUUCUUAUCCCAGUAUUUUUACGCUCACUUAAUAUGGAAGGUGCGGCGCUCAUUUAAUAUAGCUCUAAAAAACCUUACCGCGUCUCUUCGUGGGGGUUCGACCGGUGACAUGUCAGGCCUCGACCAAAUUUUAUCCGCUCGGUUGCAACUGCAUGUGGAUAGACUGACUUUGCCGGUGAUGGAGAAGAAAACGGCACUUGUUGGGACCGAGGAAAUUUAUGGUCAACUGCUAGCUGUAUCUAUCUUUCUUAACAUGUCAUGUUGAAAACAGUGGAAAUUAAUUUGCCAUCCGUAGAGAACAAGAGGCAAGGAAUGAAUGAGAAAGGGUUAAAUAACGUUUAAUGAAUGAAUCUUCUAUCCAUAUCUUUCUCAGCAUGAUCUCACAUUUCUUAAUGAAUGAAUCUUUCUCAGCAUGAUCUCUUGUUUGGUAGAAGUAUGAGUAUCCCUCUGUAAUUGUAAGUAGUUCAUAUCGUGGAAUAAGAAAGAUGGAUCCAAGCUGAGUCUAAGAGAUGACCGAUUUUCGGGUUUUACGAUGGCCUAAUGGAAAGACGCGUUCUGAAGCAGAAGCAGCGACAACAGCAACAAGAAGGGCGGCUUGAGUGCAGAAACAGAAGAUGACUGCAGAUGCGACUCUAUGCCUAUGAAGACAGUAAGGCAGUCGAAUCUGUGCAGUCUUAACUCCUAUCUACUAGGUCCAUGAACCCGGCGACUUCAGAACUUCCUAUCUACUAGGUCUGACUAUAACAAUACAGCAGAGACAUCGAACAGUCCCGCUGCUAGAGAGUGACAUCUGGUUGGCGUGCUGUCUCUGUGUGACUCCGCAAUCGGUUUGAUUUUAUGUUUUAUAAGGGAGGCAGCAUUUAGGCCUAACUCAAAAAAGAAACGUAGACUACGUCCUUCAGGGAGAUACCACGCCGAAAGUACGCAGGUAGGUUUUGACUUAUCGGAACUCGCUCGCACUACAAAAAAGAAAGGGGCUCGCGAGACGAAUGGAAAUGGAGUCGCUAAGUCCCUAUCCCUUCAUACGAGUCUUGUUAGUUCUUGAGUUUAACUGACGCCACUCCUUCUAAGAGUUCUGUCUACUCAUAGUUAGCCUUGUGCGAUUUUCUGCUUCUAGUACGCUUUAUUUAGGUCGACUGCGUAGUACGUACUAACUUUAACUUAGUUGAUGCGUACUAACUUUGUUGCUAGUGCUAUUUUCUUAAUUUUUGUUCCUGGAACCUACCAGAACGAAGGCGUGAAAGAGUGUCGAAUGGACAGGUAGAACAUCUAGAAUUUUCCGCAAAUGCUGCCUCUAAAGUCUCUAGCAUCAAUUCUGGGGAAAUACGGAGGUUCAACAUAGUGACACUGGAUACUACUCCGCGUAUUGAUAAAGAAAUGAUAAUGAUAUUAACAAUCAAAUGACAAAUGGGAAAAAGUGAACACUUGCUUUUUUUGAGGUGGCUGAGGACAAACUAUCUUGGUG